CACAAUUUGAGCACAUUUUUAAAAAUCUGUAUAGUAUUUCGUGUCUUGCAUCACAUCCCACUCUUGUGUAUCUUCCGUGUUUUCCCACUUAAUAACAACCCCCCUCUCAGCCUUGUAGAUCAAAGCACAUCUGAUGCCUAAGCUUCCGAUCGACUCAUUUGCAACAGCAAUCAUGAGUUCUUCAAAAGCGGCUGCUAGCAGGACCAUGUCUGUACGAAGUCGAUCCAUGCAAGUCAGCGCUUCAGCGAAGAGUAAAGCGUUGAGCUAUGAAUCGAUCAAUCAUGCAGUUCGUAAUGCGGAGUAUGCUGUGCGUGGUGCCAUUCCCAUAAGAGCUGAGCAGCUUAAACUGAUUCUGGACAAGGACCCUGGAUCUCUUCCUUUCAAGAAAAUCAUCCACUGCAAUAUUGGAAAUCCUCAAGCUUUGAAGCAGAAGCCUGUGACUUUCUUCCGACAGGUGGUGUCUCUGUGCACGAACCCUGACCUGCUCAAGGAAGAAAAUCGCGAGGAUGUGCUCAAGUUAUAUCCUGAGGAUGCAAUCGAGCGAGCACAUAAAUACUUCGAAAAGGGUGGAACCGUGUCUACUGGAGCCUACACCCAUUCGCAGGGAAUGCCAGUCAUCCGUGAGAGUGUUGCGAAGUUCGUCGAAGAACGUGAUGGAUUUCCAACAUCCCCGGAUCGUCUAUUCCUCACCAAUGGAGCCAGUGCGGGUGUGCAGAUGAUUCUGAACUUGUUGUCGGCUAACCCUAAGGUUGGCGUUAUGAUCCCAAUACCUCAAUAUCCUCUCUACUCUGCGACUAUGGCCAUGGUGAAUGGUACCGCUGUGCCAUACUAUUUGGAUGAAAGCUUGGGAUGGAGCAUUUCCAUUCCUGAACUGGAGCGGGCGAAAGAGGAGGCGGAGAAUCUGUGCGUAUCCACCAAAGCUCUAGUUAUAAUUAAUCCUGGAAAUCCUACAGGACAGUGUCUGACAUGGGACCAAAUGGAGAAUAUUAUCAAAUUCUGCCAUAGGAAUUCUCUGGUACUAAUGGCCGAUGAGGUCUACCAGGCCAAUAUCUACAACGAUGAUUUACCUUUCCAUUCCUUCCGCAAGGUUUUGAAAAGCAUGCCGAUGCAGUUUCAGGACUUGGAAUUGAUCUCCUUCCACAGUACAUCAAAGGGAAUGAUUGGCGAGUGUGGUAUGCGUGGGGGUUACAUGCAUCUCACUAAUAUCGAACCUGAUGUUCAGGCUGAGAUCUACAAGUGUUGCAGUAUCCAGUUGUGCCCCAAUGUUCCCGGUCAGAUCAUGACGGAUCUGAUGAUCAACCCGCCAAAAGAGGGAGAUGCCUCGUAUCAAACCUUUAAAGAUGAGAAUAACACCAUUCUUGAGUCACUGAAGCGCCGUGCUGCGAAGCUGGUCACCGCUUUCAACUCAAUGGAGAAUAUCACCUGCGAGCCCUCCAGCGGUGCCAUGUACGCCUUCCCCAAUAUCGCUCUUCCGCAACGCGCUAUUGAUGCUGCUGCGGAUCACAACGUCAAGCCCGAUGCGUUCUACUGUCUGCAACUACUAGAGGAGACUGGAGUGUGCACCGUGCCCGGUAGUGGAUUCAAGCAAGUCCCCGGAACCUUCCAUUUCCGUGCCACAUUCCUACCUCUGGAAGAAGACUUUGAUCAUUUCAUUGGUCUGAUCAGCGACUUCAACACGAAAUUCAUGGAGAAGUAUCGAUCCGAGUGAAUAUCGAUUGAUCCGUCACGUUGAGGAUGCUUUCUACGUGCACACACAAUGCAGGCUAAAAUAUUAGGCAUAUGCGACUGGCGGCGUCGUGUACAUGCAUGAAAACUGAAAACCGGAAAGGAAUACUACGGGGUGUCAAGACCUGCCACGAAUGCUUGUAAACUUUAGAUAAAAGUGAAUCCGUUUAGUAAAACCGAACGACGAUUUCCUCCUGAA